GAGCAGGGAGUAUAAGAGACACAACGGAGAUCGUGGUUAUCCUCGUCAUCCUCGGCUGGUGCUCAGGUUCAAGACAUGCUGAACGAUCGACCACAUUGGAGCAUCGAGUCUUUGGACUUAGACUUAUAACUUCAGAUGGAACAGACGAACAGCCCAACAUCGCAAGAAGAGAGUCCAACAAUCUACAGCCGACAGCAGAGAGCUGAGCCAAGGAGGAUUAACCAUUCCCGACCGGCUGUGGGUCUCUAAUGGGGCCAUCAAGGAUUCUUUUCACGUUCAUCCUACCUACAAAAGACUGCGGACACUGUGGACUUUCUGGGCUUUGGACAAAGCCAGGAGUUUUCGACAGCAUCCAGCAGUUUUGCAGUUGUGGAAGAAUUGUAUCGACUGAUCAUCAUUGCACCCUUUCCCUUCCUCUCUCCAAACUGGACAAACCUCAACAACUCAGCAGCAGCCUUUGUAUCAGAGCCGCCCACAGGACGACACACACACCACACACACUCCUGCAGCAGUGUGUGCGGCAGUGUGUCCGUCGUCUCUCAGACUGCAGGAGACAUGGAGACAUGGGGAGAGUGUUCAGGUUCAGGUGUUUCUCAGGUGUUUCUCAGGUGUUUCUCAGGGGUGUUUCAGUCAUGUUAUCCUUGGCCGCCCUCUCGCUCCACCUUGGGGCUUCUGGUUGCCAAGGGAGCAGACGCUGCAUGGCAACCGUCAUCUCCGGCAAUAAAACGUCCAAGUUGGUGAGGGACAGGCUGAAGAUGGAGGUGGAGAAGAUGAAGAGUCUCUUCUCAGGGUUCAGACCUGGUCUGGUCGUUUUACAGGUUGGAGACAGAGACGACUCUAACCUUUACAUCAGCUCCAAACUAAAGGCAGCAGCCGAGAUCGGCAUCGAUGCGAAACACGUGAGGCUGCCGAACACGGCGACGCAGGACGAGGUGCUGAGGAGCAUCAUGUCUGUUAAUGACGACCUGUCCGUCCACGGUCUGAUCGUCCAGCUGCCUCUCGACUCCGUUAACACCAUCGACACUGAACUCAUCACCAACGCCGUCUCUCCUCAGAAAGACGUGGACGGUCUGAGCUGUAUUAAUGCAGGGAAGUUGUCUCGAGGUGAUCUGAACGACUGUUUCAUCCCCUGCACACCCAACGGCUGCAUGGAGCUCAUCAGACAGACAGGCAUGUCAGUGGUGGGGAAACAUGCGGUCGUGGUUGGUCGCAGUAAGAUCGUCGGAGCACCGAUGCAUGACCUGCUGCUGUGGAACCACGCCACUGUGACCACCUGUCACUCAAAAACACCUGACCUACCUGAGCAGGUGGGCCGGGCUGACAUCCUGGUUGUCGGGGCGGGGAGAGCAGAGAUGGUGAGAGGAGAGUGGGUGAAGGAAGGAGCGAUCGUCAUUGACUGUGGAAUCAACCACGUACCAGAUGACACGAAGACGAGCGGUAAACGGGUGGUCGGAGACGUCCACUAUGCCUCAGCCAAUCAGAGAGCAGGAUUCAUCACACCUGUCCCAGGAGGGGUGGGGCCAAUGACAGUGGCCAUGCUGAUGGAGAACACGGUGCAGAGCGCUCAGCGCUUCCUCCAGAACCAGCCGAGGUGAAACCAAACUCAGCUGCAGUUUCUAUGGUUACCACCUGGACACGUGGCCUCUCAGUCUGAACUCAGGGUUUCACUGUUCCCAUCAGGAGGUCAGAGGUCGUCGCCAGGGAAACGAAGCAGAAGCUGUCUCCAGAUGUGGACUGGAGUCAUCAUGAAGUGACCAAAUAUCUGAUCGAUGUAUUGAUUAUUAAUUAUUGAUUUUUGCACUAAUGCGUUUCAUCUAAAAAAACUUUAUUAUAUAAACUUCAUUGUAUUUUAAUCAGACGAUCAAUAAAGUUUCAUCUUUAAA